GUUUCCGUAAAAACACAAAAACCAAUAUUUAACAGAGGCAAACAAAGAGAGAGUGCGGAUCAGCGCCACCUUCAUCUUCAUUGAGGAGAGUUAAGCGGUGCGUUUUGAACAUGGCGUCAAGGUUGUUGUGGGCAACGAGGGCUGCUUCAUUCCUUAGGAUCUCUGUUCCUUACAGAGGUUUUGCCACUGUCAUCAAGGAUCUAAAGUACGCAGACUCUCAUGAAUGGGUGAAAGUUGAAGGUAAUUCAGCCACUAUAGGCAUUACCGAUCAUGCCCAAGACCACUUGGGUGAUGUUGUGUAUGUCGAACUACCUGAAGAGGGGGCUGAAGUAACACAAGGUGCAGGCUUUGGUGCUGUUGAAAGUGUCAAGGCAACUAGCGACAUUAACUCUCCUGUUUCAGGAAAAGUGGUUGAAGUGAAUACAAAACUCAAUGAUUCUCCUGGUCUGGUUAAUGCAAGCCCUUAUGAAAAUGGAUGGAUCAUAAAGGUGGAGAUGCAAAACGCGGACGAACUGAACUGCUUAAUGGACCCUGAUCAGUACUCCAAGUUCUGUGAAGAAGAAGAUGCCAAGCACUGAAGAAUGAAGGGAUCAUUUAAAGUCCAAGGCCAUGGAAAAUUUUCCUCGGUUGUUUUCUUUUUUCUUUUUCAAUUUCUUUCUUGUGUUAAUGUGUUCAAUCGUAGGAUGAUUAGCCACUGCAACCAUUGUCCUCCUCGGAUGACAAAACAUUUAAUUUCUAUGUUUAAUUUAGUUUGAGGAAUAAAAUUUUGUACCGUUGCAUUUGCAAUA